GGUAGUUGGGUCAUCUGCUGGCGCUAGUGCAAAUUGUUGGGGAUGAAUCGUUUUCGUUUUGGAUUUGCGUUCGACUCUUCCGGCUACACCUUGCAAUGAGUCCAGGCAGGGACUCCUUGCAAGGACUCCUUCGAAGGAGUCUUUUAAAUUUACGCACUUGAAUUUAUUGCCAUCGGGGGAAGCGAAAAAAAGAGUCCUUCUGGGGACUCUUUUCGAGGAGUCUCAACCGAGAACUUUAAAUUUACGCACUUGGUCUCGCACAUGAAUUUCCCAGAGUUCUGAAAGAAAGCGGGCGCGCUUCUUUCUGAAUUCCAGAAAUUCACUGCUCAGAAAUUUGCUCCUUUUCUGCCGAACGUCUCUCGCCAACGUUUCGGACUGCAUGAAUGAGGGGUUUGCAAUUAUAGAUGACGGAAAGGACACCCUGCCCGCCUCCCUGAAAGACACUGCAACGGACGAAAUCGCAACAGUGCUGGAAACGUGGAGAAAGGACAACGAGUCAGGCCAGAAAGACAAAUUGUGGUUCGAGCUUUCUGACGACAUUCCCAAUUAUGCAGGGACCGAUGGCAAAGGUCCACGGGGAUGGAGCGUGACGCUGGACCCGGACCACCGAGAUGUAAAGUACAUCUACAUCAUAUGGAUGUGUCAGGUUUGAAAUCAUCAAAGUUGAAAUAGUUUGUCAUGCAUAAAAUGGAUGCCAGUUAGACCUGCAGUUUGUAGUCGGUGCAUGAAAAAUCUUCCCGGUCCUGGAAAAGAGUCUGUCAUGCGGUUUAGGGCAAAAGAGCUGCCUUCUGUCAUGCUAGUCAGCAGUCCAACUUUUGACCCUUACCAGGACUAUAAUCUGCCUCCCUUGCGUCCUCUGCAAUAGAGUCACUUUCUGUAUCGCAUUUUAUGCAUUACAAAUUAUUUCAACUUUGUCGAUUUCAACUCUGACGCAUCCAUACAUCAUUGGCCCACGACAGUACACCAAGGCCAAGUCGAAUGGCGAUAAAGAUCACCGUAAAGCGAUGCAGAUCUGUGGCUUCCACGCCUUUUCCACAGAGCAGUGGUGGAUGACGGAGCCCCGUUUGUGGGUGUUUCCGGAUCUGCUGCGCGCCACGCAGAGCACGACGAGAGCGACCGACCUCCCCGGAAUUCUGGACCUGGCCAAGCUGCCCCUCAGCUACCAGAAGGGCAGAGCGAACUCGCGUCACUUGACCGACAGAAAUCCAGACGCGCGCCCGCUCGUUUGCGCUAGCACGGCGGGUCCGGUGGCCGGGGACGGCGACCGGGGCUGGUGGCGCAUCGAGUUCGCGGACGGGCGGGAGCACACGCUCUCAUGA